GCUCUUGAGGAGGGCAGCAGCUCUGUCGCUGUGUCUGUCUGUCUGUCUGUCUGUCUGUCUAUCCCUAAACCCAUCUGGCUGACUGGCUGUCUAUUGUUCCUCUGUAAAACUGUCUGUCCACCUCUCUGUAAGCCUAUCUACAAUCCUCUCUGUCCAGUUGUCCAAUUUAUCUGUUUCUGGUCCCAUUGAUUUUUCCAUCUGUCCAAUCACUUGAGUCUACUUGUGUAUCUUCUGUUCAUUCAUCUGCCUGUCAGUUUGUCACUCUGUCUAUUCAGUGGUCUAUCUGCUCACCUGCCUCAGCUCUUUCCCUGGGCCACUGAGCCAUGGCCUGGGGCCAAAGGGCCACAGUCAGCCUGGUCCUUCUGGGUCUGGGUUUAGGUCUGGUCAUCAUUGUGUUGGCUGUGGUCCUCUCUCGCCGCCCUGCCUCUUGUGGCUCUGAGGCCUUUGCACAUGCUGCCGUAGCUGCUGACUCCAAGAUCUGCUCAGAUAUUGGACGAGCCAUCCUCCAGAAGCAGGGCUCGCCUGUGGAUGCUGCCAUCGCAGCCCUGGUCUGCACUGGUGUCGUUAACCCUCAGAGCAUGGGCCUGGGAGGAGGGGUCAUCUUUACCGUCUACAACGCAACAACAGGGAAGGUGGAAGUCAUUAAUGCUCGGGAGACAGUGCCAGCCAGCCAUGUCCGGGGCCUGCUGGACCAGUGUGAAAAGGCCCUGCCACUGGGCACAGGGGCCCAGUGGAUCGGGGUUCCUGGGGAGCUCCGUGGCUAUGCCAUGGCCCACCGCCGCCACGGACGCCUGCCCUGGGCACAGCUUUUCCAGCCCACCAUCACCCUGCUCCGAGAGGGCUUCCGUGUGCCUUUCAUCCUCAGCCAGUUUCUCAACAACAGCUUCCUGAGGCCCUCCUUGUACGCAUCAACCCUGAGGCAGCUUUUCUUUAAAGGGACAGAAACUCUGAGACCUCAAGAUCCAUUGCCAUGGCCUGCACUGGCCAACACCCUGGAAACUGUGGCCACUGAGGGCGCAGAGGCAUUCUACACAGGGAGGCUGGGCCACAUGCUGGUGGAGGACAUUGCCAAGGAAGGGAGCCAGCUGACUGUUGAGGACCUGGCUGCCUUCCAGCCUGAGGUGGUGGACCCUCUGGAGAUGCCACUGGGAAACUACACCCUGUACUCACCACCGCCACCAGCAGGGGGUGCCAUUCUUAGCUUCAUUCUCAACGUGCUGAGAGGGUUCAAUUUCUCUGUGGAGAUGGUGGCCCAGCCUGAAGGGAAAGUGAACAUGUACCACCACCUCGUAGAGACACUCAAGUUUGCACUAGGGCAGAGGUGGCGGCUGUGGGACCCUCGCAGUCACCCGGGGACCCAGAACACCUCCCAGGACCUACUGGGGGACGCUCUGGCUCAGCAUAUCCGCCAGCAGAUUGAUGGUCGUGGUGACCACCAGCUCAACCACUACAAUCUAGCUGGUGUCUGGGGCAACAGAAUGGGCACCUCCCACGUGUCUGUGCUGGGUGAGGAUGGCAGUGCUGUAGCAGCCACCAGCACCAUCAACACACCGUUUGGAGCAAUGGUGUACUCACCACAAACAGGCAUCCUCCUUAAUAAUGAACUACUGGACUUAUGCUGGAGACACACAGCGGGCUCCACUGUUACACCCCCACCUGUUCCAGGAGAGCGGCCACCAUCAUCCAUGGUACCCUCCAUCAUGAUCAACAAAGCUCAGGGAUCAAAGCUGGUGAUUGGUGGGGCUGGGGGGGAACUCAUCAUCUCUGCUGUGGUCCAGACUAUCAUGAAUAAGCUGUGGCUUGGCUUUAACCUGACAGAGGCCAUUGCAGCCCCCAUCCUACAUGUCAAUAGCAAGGGCCAUGUGGAGUAUGAGCCCAAGUUCAGCCAGGAAGUGCAGAAGGGGCUACAGGACCGAGGCCAGAAACAGACCCAGAGGUUCAUUUUCCUGAACGUGGUCCAGGCUGUGUCCCAGGAGGGGCCCUGUGUGUACGCAGUGUCUGACUGGAGGAAGGCUGGAAAGGCUUCAGGAUACUAAAACAGUCUGGCCUAUGGCCAAGAUCUGGCCCACUGUCUGUCAUGCCCCUGCUGGAGGGAGCUGGGGGUUUAAUAUAGGACUUGGAUCUCUUGCUGUGAGAUCAACCUGGGACUUAAAAAAGACAGGGACCAGCUUGCCAGCUUGGGAGAUGAAUGACUGUAGGAAUUGGGUGUUGGCUUGCCCCUGACCCCUUCCCCAGAACUCCUAUGGCCCUGCCCACCCUCCUAUGCUGUGUACCUGCCAGUCCAAGAUUAAAGAGGAGAGCCACACUUAUGGACCCAUUCAGUGGAGUGGGUCAGGAGGCCCUCAGCACCCAGUGGGGGCACACACAACAAACUCCUGUGGUUCUUCAUGAUGCUAUACCAUGCAAAUGGAGACCCAUGGCUCAGAGAUAGGCCAGACUUCAUCUAAGGCACCCCUGGGCAGAGGCAAGCACCCCACCUGCCCCCACUUUGCUUCAGUCACAAUGUCUUUGGGGGCUCAGCAGUUUGGCCACUUGGUGGGAAGGCAGGAGGGUGGCUUGUAGUAUCUGCUCCUGACUUCUGUGAGGUCCUUCUCUACUCUAGGAAAAGGCUGGUUGAAGCAAAACCUGAGAUCCCUUAUUCUAGUCUUAACGCUCCAUAUUCUUGAGACCAGAACUUGGCAGUACCGGCAUCUGAGAUGAAAUUCCUUGUUGCAUAGAGCUGUUCCCACAUUAUAUACCCUUGAUGCAAUAACAACCCCACCACACACACCCAGUUAUGACAACUCAAACUGUCUCAGGACAGGGCCACAUCAUCCCUAGAUGAGAACUGCUGUUCCAGAUGGGUGGAAAACUGCCACGGACAGCUCAGCAGGCUGCCCUGUAGUCUCCCUGGAGGUCUCCCUAGAGGGGUCUAGGUGUAUUCUAUGACACUGACUCCUUAGAAUAUCAGGUAAUUAAUUCUAUAUCACCCCAAGUUUCUGCACGAGUUGCUUUAGUAAAUACAGGUUGCUAUGGCAACCUGAGUGACUUAUGCAUUUUAAAUAAAUUUAUUAUUUAUAAUUCUGGAGACUGGGAAAUCUGAGAUGAAGGUACUAGCAGAUUUGGUGUUUGGUGAGGGCCUACUUCCUCACAGAUAGUCCCUCCUAUGGUGGAAGAGGUUAGGUAACACGCUAGGGUUUCUUAUAAGACAUUAGCAUCAUCCCUCAGUAUCUACAGAAGAUUGGUUCCAGCCCCUCUCCCCAAAGAUACCAAGAUGGAUGCUCAGGUCACUUAUAUAAAAUGGAGGAGCAUCUGCAUAUAACCCACAACACAUCCGCUCACACACUUUAAAUCAUCUCUAGGGCCAGCAAGUUGGCUCAGUGGGUGAAGUUUCUUGUCAUGCGAACAUGACAACCUGCGUUCAAUUCCCAGGACUUAUACUGGAAGAAGAAACCUGGCUCCCAGAAGUUGUCCUCUGACCUCCAUGCCAUGGUUCAGGCUCACCUUCCUAAUCCCCCAUCAUAAAAAUUGACACAUUCU